AUGAGCUAACAUAUAACAAAUAAUUAUUUCUAACACUUCUUAAAAAAUGAUUCUUAAAGAAGGAUUAAAACUCUUAAUUCUAUCAAUGAUACAAAUUCAACCAAAAUUAAGAAAGUUAUAAUUCCAAAAAAUAUAUGCAUUGACAAAGAAACAUUAUAUGAAUAGCUAUAUCAUGAAAAACUUAGAUCCAAAAAAUUAUCAGUUGAAAAUCAAUAAUUGAUAGGAGUACUUUCAUAACUAGAAAGUAAUAUUAAUAUUAUGGAUUAAACUGAUUAAAGAAAGAUGCUUUCAUAAAGUUUUCUAAAAAUAAAAUAAUAAGAUUAAGAAAUUUAAACACUUAAGGAAAGCAUUCAAUAUAAAGUAUAAGUAGAACUGAAAAGAUAAAUUUAAGACUUAUAAACUUAGCUAUUCAAAUAUUAAUUAUCUUCUAAAUUUGAAGGAGAUUAAUAUUAAUUAAUUGAAGAUAAUGUUAGUUUAUUAAAUAAAUUAGAAUCUUAAAAACAAUAUAUAAUAGAUUUAGAGAAAACUCGAUCUGAAUACAUUCUCAUUAAAGCUAAAUUUAAUUAAUUAUAAUAAGUUUUAAAAUUAAAAGAAUAAUAAAUUUAAAGAUUCAGAGAUAGAGAUCCAUUGUCAGAAAUGAAUCUUUUGAGAAAUCCAACAAAAAAUGAAAAUUUAUUGAUGAAUGAACUUAAUGUCAAAAAAGAUGAAAUUCAACUUCUUACAUAUAAAUUGGAUUAAAGUCAAACAAUGAUAUAAGUAACAUAAAAUGCUUUAACUUAAUUAAAUCAAGAAUCAAAACAUAAAAUAUAAAUAUUAGAGAAUGAAAAAAGGAUUUUAAUUGAAAGAUUAGAAAAACUUUAAUUAGAUUAUAAUUCUAUAUUGGAAAAACAAAAAUAAAUGGAUAAGUAAAUAUUAAUAUAAAUUCUAUUAGAUAUUUAUCAUAAUUUUAGAAAAAAAAAAUAUAAACAUCCCCUUUUGUUUAUGGUGAGGAUUCACUUUUUCAAUCCGCAACAUAACUUCCACUGUCUCCAACAGCAACUUCUAAUGAUCAAUUGAUUGUUAAAUAAGUGAGAAAAUAAUAAAUUGAAUAAAUUGUACUUGAACUUAAAUUGUCAUUAAGAAAAAAAAGAAUUACUUUACAAGAAGCUGAAACUGUAUUAUAAUUAUAUAGAUUUUUUAGAUCUUAUUUUCUAAUGAGAGUGAAAUAUCUAUUAAUGAAAUUGAAAAAAAGCUUAAAGAAGAUCCUUUUACUAUUAAAAACAGUACAUUAUUAGCUAGAUAUUUAGUUGAGGAUUAUUCUGAAAAGUACAUAUUAAUUUAUAAAUGAAAUAGAGAAUUCGUUUAUGAUCCUGAUUUAAAAGUCCCUUAAGCUUAAGUUAAGAGUAUUUUUAAAAAUUUAUUGUAAAAUUACACAUUAAUUUUCGAUGAUUAAGUAAUUGAGACAGUGAAAAUUUUCAUAAAGCAUUAUUUAUAAGAUUAUUGCUAGAAGAAAUCAUUAUCUAUAAUAAAUUAGGAUAGUAUUAUUGAUUGUAUGUAAUUAUAUGAAGUAAAAUGGAAUGGAAAGCAUUCUGAUUAUCUUCAAUAAGAAUAUUAUAAUAAGUAUAGUAAAUGUUAAGAGUAUGAAAUAAACAAUUUGUUAAGAUUGUUUGAAGAUUAAUAAUGA